AUGCUAGGCUUCUCGAGAAAUCGAAUGAGCAAGCUCCUCCUUGCGGCGGCUUUCUCUCUUGUCGUCUUCGUUAUUCAACAGCUCAGCUACGCCGAAAAUUUUGCCCUCGCCGGGCAGUUGUCUGAGUCUAUAAAGGUAGUCAACAGAUGCACUCCUAAUGCCCUCGAGCCUCUCAAUACCUUCCACCCUAUAAUCGACUCCGAAAUACCCAACAUUGUCCACCAACUAUGGAAAACAACCAAUCUCCAAGAAUAUCCUACAAAAAUGAAAGCAUCCCAUGAGUCAUGGAAGACCAUAUUCGAGCCCCAAAAUUACACCGUCAAGCUCUGGACUGACGACGACGUCCUCAAACUCAUCAAGGCCAAAUAUGCCUGGCUACUGCCGACAUAUAUGGGAUAUCCUUACAAUAUCCAACGAGCCGAUAUCGCUAGACUGCUUAUAGUCUAUACUGAAGGCGGUAUCUACGCAGACCUAGACGUUUUUCCUAGGUCAGCCGAGCGGAUACAAUGCCUCCAACACCUCGGCUUGCAAGCCAUAUUCUCCCCCACAGCAGGGACACUCGGCCUAAGUAACCACUUCUUUAUGGCCGAGCGUGGUUCUCCAAUCCUACAGUGGGUGCUCUACGAAGUCAAGCGGCGGGGGCUAGUGUCGCGACGGAUAGUUUUGCCGUACCUACAGGUCUUUUGGUCUACGGGGCCGAUGAUGUUGACGGCGGCGUUCAGAGAAUACGCUUGGAUAUACGGCACGCUACGUGACAAUAUAGGGCUGAUGGACGAACGGUAUGGCGGCGCAGUGAUAGGACAUGCUGCUGGGCGGUCUUGGCAUGGGGCGGACGGGCAGGCGUUGAAUUAUAUUGCGGAUCAUGCGCAGACUAGGAUACUAUUAAGUGGUGUUGCAUGGGUAAUUCCAAUGUUGGGGGUUAUCUAUUUUGUUAGGAGAUACUAUGGCAGAAUCGCUACUAGAUGA